AUAUGCAUGUAGUCUGGGUUAGUGGGUUUGUAUGCAGCCAUUUUCAAACGUGACUAAAGGCUUUAAUGUGAGUGCAGUAUAUGGUGCAGUAAUCUGAUUAGUGUCACCAAACUUCCCUCAUUUCAGAAGGGGCUUGAACAGUUAUUUUGUUGUAUCGUUAACUCACGCUGCACAUAACGUGUGUGUUCUGUGUGUGGUUUGUUUUGUAUUUCAUAUUAAUAUACUUUGUACUCAACUAUGAUUAUAAUUUCUGAUAAAUCAUAAAUCUAAUUUUAUGCAUGAUAUCAGGAACUUAAAUAAAUGUGAACUUUGAGGAAUUGUUGAUCCAGCUAGAUGAAGUAAUAGUAGCACUGCUACUAUUACUUCAUUCUGGCUAGAUUGAAGGAGGGGUUCACAACAAUUCCUCAAAUUCCAUGAUGUACUAAUGUACUAUAGACUUUUAAUGAUAUUCAUGGUUUAUUCAGCCAAACCCUCUUUACCAACUAAAGUUUACAUGCACUCUAUGAUGUAAUGAAUUUUUGCCUAUUUAAACCACUGAACAAGCUUCUAGACUAUAUCAGACAGUUUGGUGUAAAGCAAAAAAACAAUUAAGAUGAAGAGUACAAGCUAUAACUUCUGCAUCUUGAUUUUGUCUCUUGCUCUGGCUAAUACAGUUACCAGUCAUUAUCAUAAAUGUUCUCAUGACAAAUUUCCUAAAAAGUUUUUGAUUCGAACACACUUAGAAGACUUUGCUGAUUCUAAAGCUACAAAGAAUGUUGGAGGAGAUGCUGCUUUUAAUCAACCGAUUCGUAUCAAUAUCCAUUACAAUUUUACUGCAUUAGAAGGAGAACUAUCAUUGGCACAGCAACAGCAAGUGAAGUCUGUUAUGAGUCAUGUCAAAGAAAAUCUUGAAUCGAUCCUUACAGUAAGAAGGACUCCAAAUCCUCUGAGAUUACGAAGGUAUUGUCGUCAUGACAAAGAUGAUUUUGUUCUAACUGGUCCACUUGAACCAUGUCCUGAUCAAUGUCUAAAUAAAUCACUUCUUUGCAAGCAGUUUCCAAUACCAGCAGAACAUCUACAGCGUUGUGUGGAGUGCAAUGGUGACAGUAGCAAUUGUGUUGAGGCUUACAGUGAUGGACCUGGUCUUAAAGAUACAGAUCUUGCUUUGUAUGUGUAUGGUACUGCUGAUCAUUGUGAACCGGGUGUUGUUGCUUAUGCUGCGGCCUGCCAAUUAGAAGAUCAAUAUGACAGACCAAUAUCAGGAGUUAUUAAUUUCUGCCCAACUGAUGAUAUUAGCGAUGAAGAGGAAGUUUUUCAAGUUGCUAAACAUGAAAUUUUUCAUGUUCUAGGAUUUUCAGAUAACUUAUAUCCGUGGUACAGAGAUGAAAAUGGAAACCCAAGGACACGUAGGGAUGCCAAUGGUAAUCCACCUACUGAUGCAAAUGGUUAUUUUGUAGCAGAUGAAAAUACAGUUAAAAUGGUGAACUUAACUGACUGGCAAACAAGAUUCGGACCAAUAAACAAAAUAGUUAUUCAAUUAGUUACUCCAAAAGUUGUGGAGGUUGGAAGGCGUCAUUUUAAUUGUGAUACUUUGGAGGGUGUUCAGUUAGAGGAUCAAGGUGGUAAUGGCACUACUGGCGCCCACUGGGAGAAAAGAUUACUAAAUAAUGAAGCUAUGACUGGUGUCGUAUCACAAAAUGCUGCAUUCUCCAACUUUAGUUAUGCACUGUUAGAAGACAGUGGUUGGUAUAAAGUUGACUACAGCAAUGCAAGUAUAUUAGUCUGGGGACGUGGUGAUGGAUGUGGAUAUACUGCUGGUUCCUGUGGAGGAUAUAUUGACACAAAGAAAAGACAAAAUCAACCAAUGGCUCCAUUCUGUGAUUUCCUUAAUAGUAGAUUGCAUCCUCAAAACCUAUCUUGCAACACAGACAGGACAGCAGUUGCUUCUUGUAACCUUGCGAGUUACUACUAUGAUUUACCUCGAGAAUAUCAGUAUUUUAAUUCAGGCGCAAAUUUUAAUAGCGUGGCAUCUGGACUCCCAAUUUAUGGCGGAGAUGUUAAAGCAGCAGACUUCUGUCCAUUUUAUAAUGAUUUGACUUAUCGGGCACCUCGAGGUAUAUGCAGGAAAGGGAUCCCCUUAACUGAUAAUAAUGAAGCAGCAGAGACAUAUGGACCUAGGUCACGUUGUGUGGAUCACUCUGGAAAGUGGCAGAUCACUAAUGGCUCAAACACAUACACUGCCCAAUACAGUGCUGGAUGCUAUGAGUACCAAUGCUCCAAUAGUGCUGUUACUAUAAUGAUUCUUGGACAAUCAUAUACCUGUAGUAGAGCUGGUCAAGUGAUACAAGUUGAUCAAACUGCAAAUGGUGUGAGGUAUCGUGGAGGGAUUGUGUGCCCAUCUUGUGUUGAGAUAUGCUACGAUGAUUUCAAAAAUUGCCCAGAAGCUGCUGAGUUAUAUGGAGAGUUUGCAAGUCCUGCUCCUCCUACUGACAGUGUUGGAAGUCUGCUGCCAAUGGUUGGGUUGCUUUUUGUUGCCAUCUUUGUCUCUUUUGCCUUCAACUAUUAAACUUUAUUAGUGGUCUGUGUGUGCCUGUAGUAGUAGUGGUGGUAGUAGAGACUAGUAAUAGUUUUUAGGAACUUUUUGGAGUUUUUUGUUUUGCUUUACAAAAAAAGAUGUUUUGAGACAACAAAUAUUUUGUUAUUAUCC